CAUUUCCGCCCCUGCGAUUUCCGACCUUUUUCGGUAGCAGCCGGAAAGGGUAACCCCGCGGCGUGCGCUGGGCGGAGCCUCUUUUUCGUUCGGCCGCCGAGGAGCAGCCAUGGCGGAGCCAAAGGUGCGGCUGAUUCUGAGGGGUUUUCGGUUGGUUUUCUCGGAGGUUAACGGGCAGGGAGGCCGGGCGGGCGGGCGGCGAGCCUCGUGCUGGGCCGCAUCCUGCCUCCUCCUUCCCUGCCGCUGGCUGGUGGGGAUGAGGCCGAGGCGGGCCGGGGGGCCCUGGCGUGGAGGGAAGCGCGGCCUGGCGGGCGAGACGAGGCUGCCGCGUUUGCGUGCGGGGCCGGGGCCAAUCAUGCUGAUGAUGCGCCCGUGUGGAGUGGCUCCCCGUCACCGCGGACUAGCCACUUGGAUGGGGAUACAUAUGGACCGCGUGGUUCCUGCAAGCGGGCCUCGGCCCUCCAUCACCACGUUGCUGUUUUCCUUCUUUAAUCGGAAGCAACAUCUACGGAUGUUUUCAGGUUUAUGUUGAAUGGAGGGAAGAAUUGGGGGUGUUCAACGGCAAAAAAAAUAUAUAAUCAUUUAAAGUUAUUUUUUAAUACUUAAAUGUAAAUCGGAAGGCUAGAUAUGAAAAAGAAAGAAAAAAUGACUAGGUACAGGCCAGUCUUGCUCAUCUGGUGUGAAAGGAGAGGGGCUCCUACAAGCAACGUCUCUCUGCACCAUCACAAUCUCUUUCUCUCUAUUUUAAAUGUGGCAGCACAUAUUUUUCCAGCAGGAGUGCUUCUGUGCAGGAUCCCAAUCAGGAACUUGUAGUCUUCUUCGGGAUACCGUAUUUCAUUAUUCCUCUCUGUUCUAGCUCUCCUUGCUCCACUCUUCCCAUGCUCAAGCCUUUACGCAUCUGAAAUGGUGUAGUGCCGCUGAGCAAGCCAAUAUCUCCAGCUCAGUUCUCAUUUUGCCACCAUUUCUGUUGCUCCUUUCCACCAGUUUGCUAUUAAUAGAGAGUUAUAAUAAAUUUAAAAAUUAACCAGUAGCACCUUAGGGACCAACUAAGUUUGUUCUGGGUAUAAGCUUUCGUGUGCAUGCACACUUCUAAGGUGCUACUGGACAGUUUUUUAAUUUAUUUCAACUGCGUCAGACCAACACGGCUACCUACCUGAAUAUAGAGAGUUAUAGUUUGUUACACAGGUUCUCAGGGUGUAUACAAAGUGGGGCUAACUGUACAGCUAUAUAAGAAGCUGGUGUGGGUGAAAAGGAAGAGCCAAUAAGGUAAAAUCCUAGUGCAGCAGCAGGCGCAAUAUUGCAAGAAUCACAGCUUUCACAGUAAGUUUGGCUAUGCAGAAGAGAACUGGCAUAUAAGGAUGUAGAGGUACUUGGCUGGGAAAUAAGAACCAGACUACUAUGCAGUGUGAUAGGACUUGGUUGCAUUUUGGAAGGAAGUAAGCCAAGCAUAAACCCUGACACUUCCUCUGCUGAUUUGGAAGGGUUGGGAAAACCCCAUGGCUUCACUCAAGAGACCUUUAUAAUUGCUGUAGCAUUAACAUUUACUUGGACUAAUAAAAUAUUUUAUUUGUUUUCUCCCCCCCUCGUUUCCUUUAUCAGCUUACAUGGCCCCCAACUAAAACUCUUUUCUUUCUCCAGGUAUUGGUGAUUGAUGGACGUGGCCACCUGCUGGGUCGUCUGGCUGCCAUUGUGGCUAAGCAAGUGUUGCUGGGUAAGAUUCAGUUUCAGAGGGGAAGAGGCUCAACCUACUGAGUAUUACUGGCAGGCAGAUGAUACAGUUUUCUGUGCUAACCAUUCAGCUCCUUCUGAUAUGCUUUGGAGUAGACUUUGAGGAUGUUUGUUUUUUGAGUCUUGCAACUGUGAUAAAUUCUUUUGCUCUGGGAGUGCUUCAAACUUAGAUUUCUCCAAGGAUUGCAAAGGGAAGGUGGCAUUUCAAAUUAAGAGGCAUAGUUUCUAGUGUAGAGGAUGAUAAACCUUUUUCUCUCUUGAGGGUUACAUUCCCUCAGGGGUAUUUACUGGGGGGUGCAUGCCAAGUAGGAGAAUCAAAUGAAAAGGAACCAGGAUCUGCUGCUACUCCCCAAAUGCUAUUAACCUUGUUACAUGGUAUGUUCUGCACUGUGGCUGUGCUGGCGGGCACUAUGUUGCCAAAGCCUGGGGUAGGGGCUUAACCUAGGUUCUUAUACUUGAGACACAUGUGCUGUUACAUUGAUUUAUGAGGGAAAAUCCAUGUGAUUUCUGAGCUUUCGCUUGGCCAACUUUUGAGCACACAGCUGAGAAGGAGUGGGAUGUGUGCUGUGUACUAGGAUGAUGGACUCAGCUUGCAGUUUUCAAAUCUCAAGCUAGGGGCUAGGAAAUAUGAGAUUACCUUGUCUGUAGAAGGCAGGUAAAGUAUUGAGUUCCUCUUCUGAACUUUAGUGUCCAGCCUGUGCUCUGUGGUGAGGACACAAUCUCAGUUUGCACUCUUCCCCCUCCCCUUCCCAGGGCGCAAAGUGGUAGUCGUGCGAUGCGAAGGGAUCAACAUAUCCGGCAACUUCUACCGUAACAAACGUGAGUACCAUAGCAGAUUUUAAAAUCUGUCUAAAUGUCUGGCUAGGAUUCUUGUUCUACUGUUGUCUCUCAAAGUAUUUGCAUUAUGUUGUGGACAGAAUGUUUCUCCAUGCCUAUAAUAAAGCAAUGUCUCCAUCUGUGACAAGCACAGCCAAUCCUUCAGUCUUUGAGGCUGAACAAUCUUAUCCCCUACAAGGCUGGGAAACCUGUGGUUCUUUAGAUGUUGUUGGACUCCAGUUCUCAUAAUCUCUAACCAUUGGCCAUGUAGGCUGGAGCUGAUGGGAAUUCAAGUCCAGCAGUAUCUUGAACAUUGCAAGUUAACCUCCCCAGGCGUAGAAUAAAAGUGGCAUUAUUACAGAGACCAAGUAGUACUGACUUCACAGGUUUGAAGCAUAAGCGUUAGAUACUUUGAGGCCCAGUGGGUUUUUUUGUUUACUGGGGAAUGUGUAUGCUUCCUCAAAUGGGAGGAUCCUUGAGUCUUCAAGAAGAUGCACUAGAGAGCAAUAGCAUUUAUAUGAAAUGUAGCUGAAGACCUUUUUUUCUUGCAAGUGAUAACGGGAUCAGAGAGAAACCUGGGAAGCUGCCUUACAGCAGGCUCCAGACCAUUGUUUCAUCUAAUUCCAUAUUGUCUGUGGCAGCUCUUCAGUGUUUCAAAUAGGUCUUUCCCUUGAUCCUUUUAAAUGGAGUAAUUCUCUAGUCAUUAUAGCUGUAGAGGCGGUUUGGGUCAGAUGUAGAUCUACCUGAUAAUCUACCACCUCCAUAAUGAGAAUUCCAGAGGACAAAGAGCCAGUUAAUGGUGGACUGCUCAGCUCUUUACCCUCCCCAUGCCAGGUCUAGAGGAAGGAGAUAGCAUUGCCAACUGACCAUCUUUGCAAGUGUCAUGUUUCAUAAAUUCAAAUUCUGGCUUUCCUUCUUGCCCCAAAGACAUAGCAUUGAGCUUAUAACUUUAAUAAUAUCCCACCCUAUUUCCCAAAGAAACCUGGGGUUUGGUGUCGUAUUGUGUUAUAAUUUGUUAGAAGUUGCCCACAGUGGCUGGAGGGACCCAGUCUGGUGGGCGGCAUAUUCAUUAUUAACAUUUAAGAGCAUAUUUCAAACAUUUACGAACAAUUUAAAACCAUCUGCAGAUAUUGAGAACAUCUAAAAACAUUUUUAAUUGUUCUGUUGUCAUUCUUGCCAGCUUCUGUUGGCACAUUUAUGAUAUUGUGUCGUGGACUAGCUAGCCAGUCGUAACUGCCACUGUUGCUCAUUGGUGUGCAAUGGCGUUGGCUUGAGGAACAGGAUGGGUGCGAUGGUGGUCAGUGAUGAUGCUUUUCCACCAUAGUUCGAGUGUCAUGGCCAUGAGAUAACUUUACAUGCACUACCAUCUGAGACCACCACUCGCCUCUCAUGGCAAGUUCUGCUUCUUUGGUAUCCAUUUGAUAUAGAAUAUUUCCUCGUCAGUAUGCCUUGUUCUUGUACAAAUCAUAGAGUCUGUAAGACCUGUGGUCUGUAUGAAGACCUGAAGGCUUUUAUGUUCUGCGGGGCCUGUUCUGACUGCUGUGGUUAUUAACCUGAGGCAGUAUAAACAUAGUUUCUAGACAACAAGAAAUGAGUAGGUGGGUCUUGAAAAGUCUGCAAACUGGCUUGAUAACCAUCACGCUUAGGUAAGUAGUAUACAUAUAACUGCAUAUCUGCCAGUCUCGUGCUCAUGGUAACUUUCUUGCCAGCCUGUUCUAACCGUGCCAUUCUCUCUUCCCAUUCUCCCAGUGAAGUACCUUGCUUUCCUCCGUAAGCGUAUGAACACCAACCCGUCCCGUGGUCCUUACCACUUCCGUGCCCCUAGCCGGAUCUUCUGGAGGACAGUGCGAGGUAGGUGUAUUCUCAACAACUUUUAUCUGACCAAGAAGAUAAAUUGAUGUGUUGGGGCAUGCCCAUCACAUGGUAUAUUCACAAAUCAGUAUUCAGUAGAAACCAACAGUUCUACUAAUUUGUGUUUUACCACUUUUACUAAAACAUGUUAAGACUUUAACAUGAAACCAUUUCUAGUCUGUGUCUCUUUCACAUACUCACUCAUGGGUCUCUUUGGUUCCAUUUCUGUGUUGAAUGCGUGAAUUUUUAUGUCUUUUACACAUGCACUUAGAUACAGGCAAGUCCCAGUUUACAUGGGGGUUAUAUUCCAAGGCACCACACAUUGAAAUGAAUGGGUAUAUUUGAAACACCAUUGAAAAAGCCUGCAAACACUCCCUUUUGUGAUGUUUUGGGGCCCCUUCCAGGUUCGGCGUGUGUGGUCAUGCACAUAUCAGACACACCUAAACUGAUCACUCACUGCCUGUACAUAUUUAAUGUGUGUUUUCUCAAAAUACACAGUUCUCUGUGUAUUUUGAUGUGUUCUGAGCUACAAACUAUACCACAGUAUUCAGAGAAGUGUGAAAUCCAGUGGAUAGCUAUGUUCCAAUGCCCACUCAUGUGUUUAUAUUGCAGUUAGCAAAGAUCAGUUUUUUAAAAGCUACCCUAAUACUGGGUGGUCAGUACUGUAUAUACAUCCCAAAGGGUGUUCAUUUCCAGAAUUUGCCCUAAAAGAGGCAAGUUGUUGGUGAUAAUAAUAAUAAUAAUACAUUUAUUAUAUAUACCCUGGGCAGCUUACAGCAUAUAUAAAACAGAAAAACAUUAAAAACACCCCAAUACAGGGCUGCCUUCUAAAAGUUAUGCAGUUCUUUGUUUCCUUGACAUGUAUAUAACCCACCCUCUAAAUUUCACACUUCUUUUUAGAGGACACAUAUUGCUCUUUAUCCUAUCCUGGGCGUUCUGCUUCUCCUCCAGCCUCUUCACAUCUCCUCUCCCUUUGCAGGAAUGCUCCCACACAAGACCAAACGGGGUCAGGCUGCCUUGGAGAGGCUGAAGGUCUUUGAUGGCAUCCCUCCUCCUUACGAUAAGGUAACUUUCCUUCUGUCUUUGGUGCUUUGCCAUCAUUAUUCCUGAUCCUGUUCUGUCAGUGAUGUUUCUCUUAUACCUACAUUGUUUGACUUGAAGAGUGAGAAAAAAAUUCCAAACGCUGAGGCAGAUUUUGCGCCUCUGGGAGUGCUCACAGUUGCCUUUGUCUUGCAUAUAUUGCUUAAUGGGACAUGUCUUCUCUUACAGCGCAAGAGGAUGGUGGUCCCUGCAGCUCUGAAAGUGGUCCGCCUCAAGCCCACACGCAAGGUAUCUUUUACCAUUAUGUUUUAGUAGACGUCUUACAACUGCAAUGAGGGGCACACAAAGUGGCUUGCCAACAUUUCUGCAUUCCAGUGCCAUAAAGCACUAACUGGGGGAGGGCCUAUAAUGCUCCCCCCCCCACCCCCAAGUUAGACCUGGAGCAAUACACUUUGCAUGCAUAAAACCUCAGGUUCACCCUCCAGCAUCUCCAGUUGAAAAUCUUGUGUAGUUUUGUAGAGAGGUAGCCUGAGGCCUUGGAGAGCAGCAAUACUGGAGCAAAUGGACCGACAAUAAGCUUUAUAUGUUACUUCUGGAAGCCCCCACAAAUAGUAUUUAAGAAUAAAAUUCUGAAGGUAUUGCUUUGGGAGCAUCCUUGGUCUAUUAAUGGGACCCACGGCAGCUUUCUUUCUCCAUGUGAUCAUCUUGAAACCUCAUGUCAUGGUCAAACCUGCCUUGUCCCCUGUGCAACUGGUUUCUUUUGGUGCUUGCUUCAACCUAUCAGAAGCAGCCUUAAUAGACUGUUUCUGGCAAGAUGGCCUUAGCUACUGCUCUCACCAAGUGUCGCCUGCUGCUGUUGGCUGGUCAGUGAUGAUGACACUCCACCAUUAGUUCGAGUCUCAAGACCAUGAGACCACAACUCUUCAUGCACUACCAUCUGAGACCAGCCCCUCAUAGUUGGAGCUUUGUGCUUUGAGUGGGGGCCAAAUGGCCCUUUUGGGUAAGCAGCAAGGCAUAUAUAAAUUAGAACAGUUUGUGAGCAGCAGGAAUUUGGGCUCUUAAGGAGUCACUUGUGGGGUCGUUAAGAUUUUGUUGCAUUCCAACUCCCCAUCGUUCCUGAUCACUUUAGUUGGGGCUGAUGGGAGUUGGAGCAACAACUACUGGAGGGCCAGAGGGGCCAAAUACCUGUUUGUAGUGUGUGCUGUAUUGAAGGCUUGGAUGGAGGGUUUGCCUGGUGGUGAAAGUGCCAGGAAUGGAGCCAAUAGUCCCCCUAGGAAUAUUAUUGAAAGCGGAAUUCUGUGGGCAAUAGCAUGUGGGUUGGGAGAAAGGCCUUCAUGCAGUUGCUGUGUGGGAUUCAGUGAAUAGAGGCAAGAAGGGGUAAGCGAGGAGGUAGCUCCCAACUUUGUGUGUGGGCAGCGACAUAUUGUGCACUGGAACAGCACCCUGCAGUGCUGGAGGCUUGUAAGCUAAUGCGUGUCUUUCCCAACCACAGUUUGCCUAUUUGGGUCGCCUUGCCCAUGAGGUUGGGUGGAAGUACCAAGCCAUCACAGCUACCCUGGAGGAGAAGCGCAAGGCAAAGGCCAAGAUUCAUUACACAAAGAAGAAGCAACUGAAGGUGAGUUGGUCUCAUAAUUAUGGUGGGGAGUGUUCUGGGUUUAGUGGAGAAAGGAAGCCCUUUAAAAAUGGAGGGGAAGCCAGAACCCUUAGAUUAUUAUUCCAGGCAAGAGUGUCUAUUUAUGCCACACCAGCAGGUGAAUAGGCUUCAGAUCGUUGAAGAUAUCCUAAGCUGAACUUAGUCUGUCUUCCAUCUGUAUGUAAAGUUGUGUGUGCAUGUUGUGCUCUCUUAGCAUCAUGAAUUCAUUUUUUCUUUUCUUUUCUUGUAGAAACUCCAAAAGCAGGCAGAGAAAAAUGUGGAGGGCAAGAUUGCAAAAUAUACAGACAUCUUGAAACAUUACGGCAUUCUGGUUUAAAUAAAACUAUUCACAAUAAAUGAUAUAGUUUACAGG